CCCCAAACUGCCACCCCCUGAGGCUGUGAAGUCAAAUCCCUCCAAGCGGCAUCGAGACCGGCUGAACCAGGAGCUGAACAAGCUGACAGGCUUGUUGCCCUUCCCUGAAGAUGUGCGCACCAGGCUUGACAAACUCUCUAUCCUACGACUGACUGUUGGAUACCUGAAGGUGAAGAGCUACUUGAUGGCCACAGCUAUGGACGUUGGUGACUGCAUGCUGGACCAGCCCAGAGCCCCAGGAGAGAACAGACGGAUGGAUCCACAGGUCGACAGGGAGCUGUUUCCUGAGGGGGAACUGCUGCUCCAGGCACUCAAUGGAUUUGUCAUCGCUGUGACUGGAGAUGGCUACAUCUUCUACAUCUCUCCUACUGUGCAGGACUACCUGGGCUUUCAUCAGUCAGAUCUCAUCUACCAGAGCGUGUAUGAGCUGAUCCAUGCUGACGACAGAGCUGCCUUCCGCCACCAGCUGCACAGGGCCCCGGCAUCUGGCAGCACCCAGCACGUUGCCGAUGCCUUUCCCACCGACCAGCCGCUGCUGCCUGGAUGCAGUGCAGCACCCAGACCACAGCACCUCCACCCCGAGAAGCCUUCCUUUGUGGAGAGGAGCUUCACCUGUCGCUUCCGCUGCUUGCUGGAUAACUCCUCGGGAUUUCUGGCCUUGAAUUUCCGCGGGCGCUUGAAAUUCCUUCUUGGACAGCAGAAGUCAACAUUGGACAGGUCCCCACUCGCUCUCUUCGCCAUCGCAACUCUCCUCCAGCCCCUCUCCAUCCUGGAGCUUCGGACCAAGACACUGAUCUUCCAGACAAAGCACAAGCUGGACUUCACUCCCAUGGCCUGUGAUUCCCGGGGGAAGGUCAUCCUGGGGUACACGGAAACGGAGCUGUGCAGGAGGGGAUCCGGGUACCAGUUUGUGCAUGCGGCCGACAUGAUGCACUGUGCAGAGAACCAUGUGAGAAGUGAGUGCUGGGGGUGGG